AUUGACGAUUUCUCAGAAAAUGUCUUGCAAACCAUUCUUGUUAAUUCAUACAUUCAAGGAUAUUUCGAAACUCGGAGAAGGACAGAGUUAUUAUAAUGAUAACGAUGUACGAUAUAAUAUUCCAUGGAGACUCCAAAUAUUCCGAAAAGCAGGGUUUCUCGGAUUGAACCUGCGAUGUGAAAAGGAGGAAUGCUUUGGAGAGAGAAAGUGGUCGUUUCAAACGAAAUUCACGAUGAAACUAGUAGCUGUCAGUGGGAAGUUUUUCCGACGGACUGUUCAAUAUGAAUUCCAAAAGCCGGAAGGACAUGGAAUGAACGAAUUCAUUAGUUGGGAGAAUAUGCUGAGAGAUUAUGUGGAUAAUGAGAGUAUUAUCAUUGAAAUCCAUGCCGAUAUUGUUAGCAGUACAGGAUUCUUUGAACAAAAAUAUCUUAAGUAUUUGCAACCAAAUUCCAAUAAUUCAUUUGUGCUUAAACAUACUUUCAAGAACAUUUCGAGAUUGGUAGAGCGGCGCUCGGAUUAUAGUGAUUUAGAAGAGCAUUUCAAUAUUCCAUGGAGAAUGCAAAUCGAAAAGUAUAACGAGUUUCUGGCAACCUAUUUGUGCUGCGACAAAGAAAUGUACGAAGGAAGAAAAUUGUCGAUUGAGUGUGAAUAUGAAUUUAAACUGAUUUCUGCGAGCGGGAAACUUCAUUCAAAACAGAACAAGGCUAUAUUUGGAGCGUCGAAUAGGGGAAUCCCUAAUUUUAUUAGUUGGAAUGAUAUGGAAAAAGAUUAUGUGACCAAUGGCAGUAUCGAUGUGGAAGUUCAUGUCAAAAUAAUUCAAAUUACAGAAUUGUCAUGCCAAGAGAAAUCAUUUGUACUAUCCCAUACUGUCAAGAACAUGUCAAGUAUUGAAGAAGGAAGGAUCAUCUUUUCGGACACCCAAACUCGCUUCAACAUUCUAUGGAAAUUGAAAAUUCGAAAGCAAGACGGGUUUUUUGAAUUAUUUCUCCUAUGUGACAAACAACUAUGUAAAUCCAGAAAAUGGUCAAUUGAAACUGUAUUUCAAUUGAAAAUAGUGUCUUCCAAUGGGAGAAGUUUAGUGUUGUUGAAAACAACACGUGUGUUUAAUAAAGCAACCGGUUACGGAUGGCUUAAGCUCAUAAGAUGGGACAGUUUGGAGGAAAAAUACAUAGUCGACGAUACUCUCACAAUUGAAGCUCACGUGAAGAUUCUUAAUAUGACUGGAAUUGAAGAUGAAACCGCUGUUGAGAAACCUUCUGGAAUUAUAAUUCCAGUGGAAGAUCAGGAAUAUUCAUUGGAAAAGUGGAUGGAAAUGGCCUUCGAUCAUUAAUUAUGCAAUUAAUGUUUAUUCUUUGUUCGUGUUAUACCAAAAUGAACUUUGACACAUUG